ACCUACUCUCCUCCUUACUACUAUAAAUCUCCACCACCCCCAACUUACUCGCCUCCCUACUCUCCUCCGUACUACUACAAAUCUCCACCACCGCCAACCUAUUCGCCUCCACCAGUUUAUUACUCUCCACCCCCGAAGCCCUACACUCCUCCGUACUACCCACCACCAUACUACCCUCCACACCACCACUUUGUCGUCAAGGUGGUUGGAAAAGUAUACUGCAUCCGAUGCUACGACUGGGCUUACCCAGAAAAAUCACACGACAAGAAGCACCUUCAAGGAGCCGUUGUGGAAGUAACUUGCAAGGCGGGAAAGAAGGAAAUAGUAGCAUACGGAAAGACAAAGAACAAUGGCAAAUACAGCAUUGAAGUCAAAGGCUUUGAGUAUGCUAAAUAUGGAGCCAAGGCUUGUAAGGCUAAGCUUCACGCGGCACCUAAGGGAUCCCCGUGCAACAUUGCGACUAACCUCCAUUGGGGCAAGGUCGGUGCCAAGCUGAAGGUCAAGUCCAAGACCAAGUACGAGGUUGUGUUGUCAGCUAAGCCUUUUGCUUAUGCUCCCAAGAAGCCUUACAAGGAGUGUGAAAAGCCCAAGCCCUACUAUCCACCACCAUACGUCUACAAGUCACCACCUCCUCCAACUCCAAUUUACUACUAUAAGUCCCCACCUCCACCAUCCCCCACUUAUUACUACAAGUCACCACCUCCUCCAACGCCAGUUUACAAGCCUCCUCCAUCUCCAAUUUAUUAUUACAAGUCUCCACCUCCUCCAUCACCAGUGUACUAUUA